GCGCCCUCCACCACUCCUGGUCGGUCACUUCUCGGUCUCCAGCAUCUUCUUCUCACUUCAACAACUCAUUCCCACUCAUAAUGGCGCCAGGCAUCAUUGAGAUCGGCUCUACACAAGCCUUUGACCAGAUCGUCAAGUCGCUGCCUCCUUCACAGCUUCUCGUCGUCGACUUCCAUGCCGUAUGGUGCGGUCCCUGCCAUGCUAUCGCCCCCAUCCUCGCGCAGCUCGCGCAGAAGUACCCGCACGUCAAGUUUGUCAAGAUCGACGUCGAUGCGCAGGCCGAGCUCGCACGCCGCUUCCAGAUCUCUGCCAUGCCGACCUUCAAGUUCCUGAAGGGCGGGCAGGUCAUUGACGAGCUCCGCGGCGCCAGCCCUCCGCAGCUCACCCAGCUCGUGCAGAAGCACGCUGGCGCCGCGCCCUCCUCCGGCGCCUCCAAGGCCGGCGGCGCGCAGGAUGGCCCCGCCGCCCCCGCCGAGGGCUCCCUCCUCUCGCACAUCUCGGCGACGGGCCUCAGCUGCCUCGGCGAAGCGAAGGAGCACCCGCUCAGCUCGAUCGUGGGCCCCAACGCCGGGCCCAAGGGCCGCAGCUACCUCGAGUCAGACGUUGACCCCGAGCUUCUCAUUUCCAUGCAGUUCAACGAGCCCGUCAAGAUCAAGGCGCUGUCCAUCUUCUCGGUAGUGUCGCCCGCGCAGGCACCCAAGACCGUCAGACUGUACGUGAACCAGAACCACAUGGACUUUGGGGACGCCGAGGCGCACGAGCCGGCGCAAGAGCUCGUGCUCUCGCCCGACGACAUCCGGGGAAACAAGGUCGAGCUGCGCUUCGUCCGCUUCCAGAAGGUGCACACGCUGCACAUCCUCGUCAAAGACAACCAGGAGGACGACGAGACGACGCGCAUCGACUCGAUCGAUCUGUUUGGCCAGCUUGCGUAGGGUGUGAGGUAGGAGAUGGAUGCAUGGUGCUGAAAGCGAGGCGGCGACGCGGGUUGGCUGCGGGACAUGAUCGGAGAUGGCCGAUGGCUGGGCGAUGUCAAUAGAUCGGCGGGCCGUUGGUGUCUCUGGCGUGACGGAUUAUGGUGCGCCAUCAGGUGUUCAGUAGACCAGUCGCUGAGUCGCCGCCGCCGACUGCAAUGCGCAGCUGUUAGUUAGAAAGGGAGACGGCAAGCUGGCGCGGGCGAUGCAGACGGUGCCG